UUAGGGGUCUAUUCAUGAGCAGUGAAAAGAGUGGACAAGUGAGCCUGUGGAGAAGUUGCCCAUGGCAACCAACCAGCAUUGAAGUAACAUUUACAAUUUGAAAAGAAAAAAUGUGUGUGUGUGCGUACUGUCUUUUUAAAGCAGCUGGAAAAAUCAGGGGUUUGUGAGGUCCCUGUUUCGUACACUGGAAUAUAUUCACCGUACGGACUUAGGACCUUUCUCUGGAUUCCUCCUGUAGGCACAAAGGUGGCUGGCGUUGCCCGAUGUGGUGUAUUCCCCAAUAGGUAUCUUCUUCAGUGUGUGACAGCCUAAGAGGCAGGUGACGGUGUGAGAGUCACAGGUGGAGCUCAGGGCAAUAACCUAUUUUACUUGUGAGGCUCUGCGUCCAUUCAUCACUUACACUGACAUUAAGUAUGAGACAACUGUGGCUGCUGCUCAUCUCUGUGUGGUGUAUCGGAGUGAUGGUUUACAAGUUCCUCACAGUCUAUUCUUUGAAAAAGUAUAAACCGCCCUCCCCGAAGAUGCACACCACUCCAUCGAGUGUUUUUCCCCAAACCAUCGAUUCCAACUUUAAUGAACUCUUAAGACUGAUUGACUGGCCUGAGCCACCAUCCCCUGUGACACACUAUAAUCUAUCUACCAGCCCAAGACAUUGUGAUUACCAUCUGCUGAAUGCACGAGACACGUACAGGAUUGGGGAGACGUUGGAGGUGCUCAUCACAGCUCGGGACCACCAUGCUCGGCCAAAAAAAUACGGUGGAGAUUAUUUCCGGGCCAAGCUGCACUCUCCGGCACUGAAGGCUGGAGUGACUGGACACGUAAAGGACCAUGGUAAUGGCAGCUAUCUGGCCACGCUCCUCCUCCCAUGGGCAGGGAGAGCAGAGGUACAAAUCCGGCUCAUUCACUCCAGUGAGGCGGUUGCUGUUUUAAAGAAGAAGAGGGAGAACCAUCCAGAGAAGGUCUAUUUCUACGGAUACUUCCAAUUUAACGGUAGCAGUGAAAUGGUGGAGUGUAACCUGGAAGUGGCGGGAAAGGACGUGUGCACAUACAGGAAUCCCGUCUCCGGUGACACGUGGCAGUGUGUGCGACCACGGAAGCUGCCGUGUGACUCCUGGGUCUAUCACUCCAUGGGUAAAAACCGCAUCAUUACAGACAGCUUGGAGGACACUCUGCUGAGCAGCUCUGUAGCAAACAAGAUUAUCCCUGGAAAUGUUUCUCCAAUCAAUGUCUUCUCUGAUAUUAGCUCAUUGGAACUUACCGCUAAUCUCUCCGCCUGUAGACCUGGCCUGGAACCUACACAGCCUUCUGGCUUUUAUUAUGGUGACAACUGGAGAUCUCUCACGUGUCGGGGUCGGCAUUUUCCUCAGCCAUCCGAUGCUCUUGCCUGUCUCAAGGGGAAGGACAUCCACAUGUUUGGAGACUCCACUCUGCGCCAGUGGUUUGAGUAUUUGGAGAGAUUUAUUCCCAGUCUGCAGAGGAUAGACUUGCAUGUUAAUUAUAAGUCGGGACCUCUGAUAGCUGUGGAUGCUAUUGCUGGGCUGGCUGUGCGAUGGAGGGCCCAUGGACUUCCCUUGAGGACCUCCAAGACUAUGGUUUCUAACCUGCAUUAUGAGUCAGCCCACUUGGCUGGGAUUGGCGGAGGACCUCAUACAGUCAUUGUGAUAACCCUAUGGGCCCACUUCACCACCUAUCCUGUGCAGGUCUACUUAGAAAGGUUGGGGCGCAUUCGUAAGGCAGUUGCAUCUUUACUUUUCCGUAGCCCUCAGACCACUGUGAUACUUAAAUCAGCUAACACGGGUUCUAAGUCAGUUUAUGGAAGUGACUGGUUGUCGCUUCAGCUGGACAUCUUGCUGAGGGUAUACUUCAAGGGGUUAGCUGUCAUUAUUUUAGAUGCUUGGGACAUGACCUCCUGCCACUAUCUCCCUGAUGCCAUCCACCCAGGACCAGCAGUCAUCAGGAAUGAGGUGGACCUUAUGUUGUCUUACAUAUGUCCACAAUGAGGGAUGGGACGCUAUCCAGUUACAAGUGAAUAAUUGCUACCAUCCUCUGGUUUGAAGUGCAAAUCUCGCAUAACAAUCAGAUGGGACAAGGACCAGAUGCAAUUAUCCACUGAUACAACUGAAACGGGUUCCUGUGUUACAGCUCAGAAAGCUGAUUCUGUUCACAGAUUAAGGAGCCGCGAGAAGGAUCAGCCUUCAGUACUAUACCUGUCAGGAAAUGGUCCUACUUGAAUCCAGCCUCAACACUGGCAUUGUAGCACCAAUUGCACUUUGGUCAUUGUUGUGAGGUUCUAAUUGCAGAAGAUUUAAAUGAAAUUAGUGUAGAUGAAAUGUCUCACUUGGUUACAUUUGUUAUUUAAAUGAAACUUUGUAUAUUAUGUAUUGUAUUGUUAUUACAGUUUAAUGCCAUACAAUAAAACCUUAAGAUCUA